AUGGCCUUCGCGUUCAGGCUUCUGACUGUUUCUUGCGGGGUCUCUGACCCUUUCCUCCUCUUACAAUCCCGCACACCGAACUUGGACUCGUACGUUUCAAUCCCAGCUGUGGCCGACACCAAAGUUCAGUGUUCUUCCGAAUUGUUACACGUUCUGAUUUCUAACAUGCAGCUCAUUCACCAGCACGUUGAAGAGAUCGGCGGGUACAGGCGCAUCGUCGACAUCAAUGUCCCUGACACCCUCUGGAAGAAGAAAACCAAGAAGAACCGUCGCCAAAUCCGCCACUGUAAAGACUACUGUCUUUUUUUCGUGUUCGACGAGUUUCAUCUCUCGAUAUCCGAGGGAGAUACGCACAUAGUAGUUGACGUCGACGGUUCUGGAUGGCACAACAACUGGCAUAUGCUAGAUGACGGAACCUGGACGCGGGUGGAGCAUUACUGCGUCAGGGUUCAGAUUAACGGGGAGGGUCGCGGUCAGCUCUCAGAGAUUCGAGGUGUAGGAUUAGUUGUUGCAUCCGACUUGUCUUGUUUUCGUGCGCUCUGA